AUGGCAGAGGUGAUAGCCAACGGCGGGGUCCAUGGCCCGCAGCUAUUUCUCGAUGUGGAAGACAAGACCGCCGAAGCAUUAACCACAUAUCACGACCUUCCCGCAUGUACGUACCAGACGAAAACAACAGGAUGCGCAAGUAACCGCAAGCGAGGGCCCGAGUUUAUGACGUGUGACUGUGAGGAGAACUGGGACCCGGACACGGAAACGAACUUGGCCUGUGGCGACGAUUCCAACUGCAUAAAUAGAAUCACUUCGAUUGAAUGUGUCAAUCGACAUUGUGGUUGUGGCGAAGAUUGUCAAAACCAGAGGUUCCAAAAGCGGCAGUAUGCUGAUGUCUCGGUGUUCCAGACAGAGUUGAAAGGUUACGGCUUGAAAGCCAACUCUGAGAUCAAGGAGGGCCAGUUUAUUUAUGAGUAUAUUGGCGAAGUGAUUGACGAAGCUACGUUUCGUAAAAAGAUGAUUGAGUACGACUUGAAGCGGUAUAAGCAUUUCUACUUUAUGAUGUUGAAGAAUGAUGCUUUUAUUGACGCGACGGAGAAAGGUUCGCUUGCCAGGUUUGUCAACCACUCGUGCAGCCCCAACGCGUUUGUCGACAAGUGGAACGUUGGCGAUAGACUUCGUAUGGGUAUAUUUGCCAAGCGCCGAAUCCAAGCUGGGGAGGAGAUUUCGUUUGACUACAACGUUGAUAGAUAUGGUGCUCAGUCGCAGCCGUGUUACUGUGGCGAGCCCAACUGUUUGAAGUUCAUGGGUGGCAAAACGCAGACGGAUGCCGCGUUGUUGUUGCCCGAGGGCAUUAGUGAGGCCUUGGGUGUCAACUCGAGAAUUGAAAAAGCGUGGUUGAAGGAAAACAAGCACUUGAGAUCGAAGCAGCAAGCAGACGACGCAACCAUCAACGAGAUGUUUGUGCAGAGCUUGACUGUGUUGCCCAUGGCCGAGUCGGACGUGUCUAAAGUUAUGGGUGCACUAAUGAAGGCCCAGCAGGUGCUGUUGAUUAAGAAAUUGAUAGAGAGGAUACACAUCACCGACGACAAGGAGAUUAACCGCUUGUUUGUCAAGUUCCAUGGGUACAAGACCCUCUCCAACGUGCUUCAAGAUUCCAGCGACGACGAGUUGAUUUUGAUGGUUUUGGAAAUUCUUGCGCGGUGGCCGGCGAUGACAAAGAACAAGAUUUCUUCGUCGCAGAUUGAAGAUGUUGUUAAGGAAAUCCAGGAGAAUAGCAUGAAUGAACAAAUCAAAAGCCUGGGUGAGAUUUUACUUAAGCAAUGGUCGCAGCUCCAAAUGGCGUACCGAAUACCCAAGGUGUCCAAACCGGCGAAUCUCCUAGACUUUGACCGAAAAUCUAAGUCGCCCGAGCGUGAAGAUGACUUGGAGAUACUACGCGCAGCAGGUUAUGAAAGUUUACCAUCGGGCUGGCUGGUCACCUAUGACACAAACUCGCAGAGAUAUUAUUUCUACAACAAAGUGACAAUGGAGACUCGAUGGAACCCACCCGAUGGGGUAAAACCACUAUUAGAUGUCCAGACACCAAUCAUCCCCACUGGACCAAAAGCUCAGGCGUCAUUCAACGACUACCGCUCGCAUGAGAACAACAACCACAACAACAAUAACCACCACCACAACCGUGGCGAUCAACAAGGUGAGCCGCGGAAAUCCAACUUUGGGUUUGUUCAAGCAGAGAUCUCGAGACGUGUUGAAGAGAGGGAGCAGCAAGCGCGAGAAUCGAAAGCUCGUGAACUAGCCGAGAAGGAUCGCCUCUUGCGGGAAAUGAUUGUGCAGGCGCAGCAAGAAGCAGCCGCCACGGCGCAACCAGCAGAGAAGAAGAGCAAAUUGGCGAAUGGAGAACAUCGAGAUCAUCAUCUCCACAAGUCAAAACAUAAACACCACCACCAACACAAAAGGAAGCACCAUGGCAGUGAGCACAAGGCAGCGAAGGAAGACACCAUUGAGUUGCAGUGGAAGCGUCUCCUUGCCAAACACGUGACGCAUUUCGUCAAGAAACACCAAGAUGAGAUUGGCAGGGAGAGUGUUAAAGGGUGCACCAAGGAAAUUGUGACGAAAUUAGCUGGUCGUGAAGCUAGCAAACCCGAUGCUGCUCCGCCACCGGCGGACUUGGAUAAGCACAAGUAUAACAAGGUCAAGGAGUAUACGGCGACGUUUAUGAACAAAUUUUUAACUAAAUAUAGAACGAGAAAGGACAAGAAGAAGAAGACAACAACAACAACAACAUUGGAUGACGGUGGAACGAGUUCGCCCAAUGGGAAAGCCGAGGAGUCUGCUGAGUUGGAUGUGGAUGAGAAUAUGGACGCCAGUCCCACUUGGGAUGGAGCCGAAGAGACAUUGUAA